UUUACAUGUAGUAGCACGCGAAUGUGCUGCCAUCGUACACAAUUUUAGAGUAACAUUUUUAACAAAAAAAUAUCUCGCCUAAAUUGGGGGUAUUUCAUACACGUUUUGUGUGGCGGCCAUCGUGCACGUACUUUUCCUUUGUUAGUGAAAUAAUUGUGUUUUUACUAAGUUUAGUGUAGUGUUUUGUGUUUGCGGAUAAAAUGGGAAAACGCAAACAUCGUGAGGAAGAUGAGGAAGAUUACUUGGAAAGAAAAAUCCGAAGUCUCGAGAGGAAAAGAUUGAAGAUUCGUCGCAGGCGCCGUCAUCGUAGUUAUAGCCCUAGUACGUCCUCAUAUACAGAUAAUGAAUAUGAGUAUGCGGACCAAGAUAUCGGUGAGCCCGAUCCCUUGCUAGAGGAUUCGCAAUAUGAAGAAUCCCCAUUGACCAACAAUACUGUAUACGACUUAACCGAUGAUGAGGUCGGUGCUUCAACGUCGGGUGCGCUGCCUGCUGCUGGCGGGCUGCGAUCGGUGGUCAUACAGAAUAGAAGCGCCGCCGGGCCCCGCGCGGUGGACGCGCCGGCCCCCGCGCCCCUCCCGCACCCGCCGCCGCCGCCGCGCCGGCGUGCGCGCCCGCGGCCGCGACCACCACGCCGGCUGCGCCCGCUCCCGCGCCUACAUCCGCAGCUACCACCACACAGGUGA